AUAUGAUCUGGACAUCAGCUCUCACUUCUCCCCCCUGACCAUCUUCAACCACACACACACACCCGCUAGACCAACCCUUCGAAAGACGCUACAUCGAACACAUCACCCCUCAAGCAUGACCACCGUACCCAACGCCGCCGAACAGCAGGACCAACAGCCUCAGGUCCCCAAGGCCAUCCUUUAUUCCUGGCAGACGUCCGUAUGGGCCACCGUCCCCCUCCUCUGUCUACACGAAAAAGGGUACUCGGCGGACGAGUAUAUCGUCAAGCAGGUCGAUAUCACCAAGGGAGAAAACUUUUCGCCUUCCUACUUGAAGAUCAACGCCAAUGGUACCAUCCCGACCCUCGUCGUCCCGACGAUGGAGACCACCGGUCCCGAGGUGACUACCAAGUACAGGUCGUUGAAGGAUACCAUGACCAUUGCCGACUUUUUGGACGGCGCACGAAACGUCAACACCCACAGCACUACCUCGAGCCUUCCCGCCCCGUCACUGCGACCCGCCACGAUCGACUCCAAGACCCUCUCCGACUCGCUCAUCUCGCUCGUUCACAUGCCCACGGUCGACCCGAACUUUUUGUUCCUCUCGGCUCGUACGUCCGACGAGCUGGACCAGAAGCGUAAAAACCCCGCCGGCGCGUUCAUCCGAGACCGACAGUCCGCCUUGAAGCGGUACAUCCAGGAGGCCGAGUCGAUCGCCCAGGCCAAAUCGCAAAACGCCGGUCAGGGCGCCGACGCGUUCGAGCAAAAGACGGUCCAGUUCUUGAAGGAAAAGUUUGCCGCCAACAUGCUCUUGUCGGACAUUUACGAGGGUACCGCGGGUGAGGAUACCGAAAAUGGAUUCUACGAGGCCGCCAAGAAGGCCUGGACACAGAGCUUGCCGGACGUCCUGACCGAGUUGGAGAACAGGAUCAAGGGUAUUCACGCCUUGGGAGAUCACAUUUCCCUGGCCGACCUGCACAUCAUCUCGUUCUUGGCCCGCCUGGUCGAGAUCUCUGGCGGCAAGGCCGAUUCGGCAGGGAUCAACGAGCUCGAGGCCCAGAUCGGGACCGGAUUCAAGGUCGGCGAAAAGGUCCGAACGUUCUGGACCACCUGGACGGCAAGGGAGAGCUUCCAGCAUGUCUUCAACUCGGACUUUGCCAUUCACCACAUCUAGGCGGUCGGACUCGAUCCGAUCUGUCGCUGGACUUGUCUCACAUGUAAAUGCCUCCUUGACACGAUAAACCCGAUAUGACGACCUAUGCCCAAGAUUGCUGUUCGACUACUUGUCGCGCCAACAUCUGAUUCCUCGUUCCUGCUUCCGUCAAUCAGCGCUUUCGUUUGGCCAAAGCAGCCGGAUUCAUUCUCCUGGCUACGUCUUACUCGCCCUUGAUUCUUCGCUAAACGACGCCUUGCCUCUGUUCAUACUCGUUAAACAAACAUACCGCUAUAAAAAAUGAAAAUGAAAAAACAAAAGUCCCUUAU